GGGAUGAGGGAUGGAUUAACCUAGAGUUGUAAGGGGAUAGGAACCAGAGUAUCAGAACAGAUAGUGGAUGGGGUGUGGAGACAGGUGUUGUUAAGACCUCAGACAAAGUCAGGACUCAAAGGGUUGAGCAUGAUGUGACUAAUAAUCCAAGCUGAAUGUUUUUAAUGCAAGAAAUAUUGUAGGAAAGUCAGGACACCCCGGGGCAUGGAUCAACUCAUUGAAUGACACUGUAGCAAUUAGUGAGACUUGGUUGCAGGAGGGGCAGGACUGGCAUCACAGUAUUCCAGGUUUCAUUGCUUCACACGCAGAAGGGUUUGAAGGAGGAGGAGUGGUAUAACAAUUUAGAUACUUACGGAGUAUAAGAAAUGCAAGAGAACAAAGAAAUCAGGAGGGCUAAUAGAAGACACAAAGGUAUGAGGUUUCGCUGGCAGACAAAGUGAAGGAAAAUCAUCAGGAAUUCUACAGAAAUUCUCACAAGGAGUUCCCUCAGAACCUGUGGGAGGCAAGUGCAGAAAUUACCAGGGCCUUAGCAGAGAUAUUUAGAUCAAGAUUAGUGACAGGUGGGGUACUGGAGGAUUGGAAGAAGUGAAUGUUAUUCCGUUGUUAAAGAAAGACAUUAAAAAUAAGAUAGGAAAUUUUAGGUUGGUGUGCCUGAAAUUAAUAGUGGAAAAGUUACUGGAAGGUAUUCUAAGGGACGAGAUAUAUAAAUAUUUGGAUAGACAUGGACUGAUUGGGGAUAGAAAGCAUGUCUUUUUGUGUAAUGCGCACAAAAUGCUGGAGGAACUCAGCAAGCCAGGCAAUAUCUACUUUAAAAUCUCUUACUAUCUUUUCUUUCAGUUAGUCCUGAUGAAGGGUCUCGGCCCAAAACGUCGACAGUGCUCCUAUAGAUCUAUAGAUCUCCCUAUAGAUGCUGCCUGGCCUGCUGUGUUCCACCAGCAUUCUGUGUGUGUUGCUUGAAUUUCCAGCAUCUGCAGAUUUCCUCGUGUUUGAUCUAUGGAAAAUGGUUUGGGCUGAGACCUUUCUUUUUGUGUAGUAUGUCGUGUCUAACUAGUCUCAUAGAGUUUCUUGAGGAAGUUCACAGGAAAGUUGAUGAAGGCAAGGCUGUGGAUGUUGUCUGCAUGGACUUUAGCAAAGAACUUAACGAGGUCCCCCAUGGGAGGCUGGUCAAGAAGGUUCAGUCACUUGAAAUUCAAGAUGAGGUAAUAAAUUGGAUUAGACAUUGGCUUUGUUGGAGAAGUCAGAGAGUGGUAGUAGAGGUUUGUCUCUAUGUCUGGAGGCCUGUGACUAAUGGUGUGCCACAGGGAUCAUUGUUGGGUCUGUUGUUGGUUGUUAUCAAUAUCAAUGAUCUGGAUGAUAGUUUGGAUUGAAUUGGUUAGGACUUUAGACUUAGAAGACUAAGAAGAUUGAGGGGAGACAUGAAAGGGAUGUACAAAAUCAAGAGGAGUAUAGAUAGGGUAAAUACAAAGAGGUUUUUUUCCAUUGAGGUUGUGUGAAACUACAAUUAGAGGUUAAGUGUUAAGGGUGAAAGGCGAAAAGUUAAAGGGGAAUAUGAGGGGAAACUUCUUCACUCAGAGGCUUGUGAGAGUGUGGAAUGAGCUACCAGCACCUGUGGUGCAGGUGAUCUUGAUGUCAACAUUUAGGAGAAGUUUGGAUAAGUACAUAAAGGGCUAUAAGGGCUAUAUUCCGGGUGCGGGUCAAUGGAACUGUGCAGCUUAAAUGGUUCAGCAUUCUGGAUGGGCCAAAGAGCCUGUUUCUGUGUUGUACUUUUCUGUGGCUCUAUGAUUCUAUUAGUUUCCAACAGACGCAGACAUGGGCAAGGGAAAUCCAAUGGGAGAACAGUGCUGGGAAUAAUGGGUCCAAAGUCAUCAAUUCCUUUCAGAGCUAUCUACUUUCACUACAUGGCCUUUGUAUUAUCCUAAAGCAUUAUUUUCCAAAAGAAUUUAGUCCAAUUUGUAGGUUUAUGAACCAACAUUACAUCCUUACUCCAACUUACUGAGGUGUUAGUUUUUCAGUCUGACCUCAUGGUACAUGUACCUUGAAUAAUCAAUGUACUUUGAAUAUACACUUGAUGUAUGUAUGAAAUGAUCUGUAUGGAUGGCAUGAAAACCAAGCUUUUCACUGUACCCUGGUACAUUUGACAAUCAUAAAUGAGCAAGAGUAAUAGCAAUUCCACCUUCUGUUUCAUAAUGAGGGGGAGUUGGGAGGCAAGUAUUAGGUAAACCACCACCCCCUCCAUAGUCCGCUGUGAUCCAAUCCAAUUCUACACAAUGUGCGAGGUUACAUUAAAUAAUUUUACUGAUAUUUGCAGAAUUUAUGUAACUGAUAGGGUUGUGUUCCAAUUUUUAUUGGUAUCAGUCAGUUUGGAUUCCACCUGGGAAGUGGAUCAGGAGAAGUUGGUAUGAAAAGCUAGCAUUGACAGAGCCAGUCGGGCCGAAUAGCCUCUGAUGGUCCUAUUGUUCAUGGGACUUGGUUCAGGGGAUUGGGACACUUCAGAGUCAGCAGGUGGUGUAAGGGAUAAGUAGGGAUGAUACUGUGAGGGACAUUGUGGCCAGAAGUCCUUUGGACUUUGACUGUGGGUGUACAAUCUUGUUGCUCAGUUCAAAGCCAGCUUGAGUGUGGAGCCCCAAAUCUGCAUGCUCACAACAUAUCUUUAUUUCAGACCCUGCGAGCUGUCUGCUGAUACGCACUACUUUCCCAUCGAGCAUUCUGAAACAUAAAACCAGAAAUGCCAAACAGACAUGAGACUUACGGAAGUGGUGCAGAGUGGGUAGUGCUGCUUCUGCACAACUCCAAUUACCCAGGUGCAAUCCUAACUUGUCUGUGGGCAGUUUGCACAUUCUCUCAGUAACUUCAGAGCAGGUUGCCUCCAGGUGUUCCUGUACCCCCCCCCCCCCCCCACCCCCACUCACCCCAAGUCCAAAACAGUCACAGGCUGGUAUGUUAAUUGGGCUUUGUAAAUUACCCCUAGCAUGUGGGUGAGUGGUGAAAUCUGGGGGAGUUGAUAAGAAUGUGGGAAGGGUAAAUGGGAUGAGUGUGAAUGAGAUUUUAAUGGUCAGCACAUGCAAACUGGGCAGGAGAGCUUACUUCAGUGCUUGCAUAACCAUUAUGCCUAAAUGUUUGUAGAUGUGGUAAAGUCUGUAGUGGCAGAGAACAGCCACUAGAGGGCAGUUCAUCACACAGGAUUUGGGAAUUGAUCGGCUCGCUGCUGAAAUGAGAACGUGUAUUUGCCAGCCUUCUCAGGUAACACGAAUGUUUUGGGUAAGGAGAUCUAUCACCGAAGAAUUCCAAAAAAAUUUCCAUUGCAUCCCCCUUCUGACGGUGAGAGGGCAGUACUGUAGAGGCAAAUGGCCUCUCCAUCCUGUUUCCUGGGUGACCACUCCAAAAAUAGGUAAAUCAACUAGGAUGAGGUGUGCAAAACAAGGGGAAGCUGGCAGCCAGCUAUACUCUGGAUUUCUCUGAAAGGAGGGUGGAAGCAAAGUCUUUCAGACUCAAGAAGCAACUGGAUGAGCACUUGAAUCUCCAAGGCAUAGAAGAGUUGGUUAAUGGAGUAAGGAUGGAUAGAUUCUCUGUAUACCCAUGACUGUGUCACCACCCACAGCUCCAAUCUGCUAAUUAAAUUUGUUGACGACUCUACACUGAUUGGCCUAACCUCAAGUAAUAAUGAGGCAGCCUACAGGGAAGAAGUCAUCACCCUGACACAGUGGUGUCAAGAAAACAACCUCUCCCUCAAUGUCACAAAAAUAUAGGAGCUGGUAGUGGACUACAGGAAGAAUGGAGACGGGCUAACCCCUAUCGACAUCAAUCGAUCUGGGGUUGAGAGGGUGAACAUGUUUAAGUUCCUCAGCAUAAACAUCACCGAGGAUCUCAUGUGGUCUGUACACAUCAGUUGUGUGGUGAAAAAGGCACAACAGCACCUCGUUCACCUCAGACAGUUGAAGAAAUUUGGUAUGGGCACCCUCCCCCCACCCCCAGAUUCUAAGAACUUUCUACAGGGGCACAAUUGAGAGCAUCCUGACUGGCUGCAUCACUGCCUGGUAUGGGAACUAUACUUCCUUCAAUCACAGGACUCGGCAGAGGGUGGUGCGGACAGCCCAGCGCAUCUGUACAUGUGAACUUCCCACUAUUCAGGACAUUUACAAAGACAGGUGUGUAGAAAGGAUCAUCGGAGACUCAAGUCACCCCAACCACAAACUGUUCCAACUGCUACCAUCCGGGAAACGGUAUCGCAGGAUAAAAGCCAGGACCAACAGGCUCCAGGACAGCUUCUUCCACUAGGCCAUCAGACUGAUUAAUUCAUGAUGACACAAUUGUAUUUCUAUGUUAUAUCGACUAUCCUGUUGUACAUAAUAUUUAUUAGAAAUUGCUAUAAUUGCACAUUGUAUAUUUGAAUGGUAAUGUAAAGAUUUUACUCUUUGUAUAUGAAAGAUGUAAGUAAUAAAGUCAAUUUGAUACUUAAUAAUCAAUAUUGACAUGGACAGAAGGGCAAUUGCAUAUCACUAACUGCAAAAGGAAACAGUGGCCGAGUGGUGGGGCAAGAGGGAACUCUGAACAGAUUAGGAUUGAGAGGAUUAAGAGCUGUAAAAUAGGUGACUAACAGAAGAAAACUAGCUGUCACUUAAUGUGCUGCCUGCUCAUGCCGCAAAGAAUUGUGUUGAAAGAUGGCUGAGGGGAAGGACCAAGGGCCAAGAGCACUGGUGACUUCAGUCAACAUCCAGUGCGUUCUUGAUCACUGAAAUCCAUCCUCAAUCAGGCAAGAUGGUUGCUGGACAUCAAAGCAUUUUUAAUUAAGUUUCAGAUUGCGGGCAUUGCUGACAAGGGUGGCAGUUAUUACCCAUCUCAGAUUGGCUACAGGUGAAAGUAGGAAUCUUAACUCCUUGGCAAUGUCCCAGGUUAGUAGCAUUGUUUCCAGAAAAGAACACAAUGAUCUUACCCAAAUUCCUCUGCAAAUUAGAGGUCAUAUAUAUACAUCAAGGUCAAAUCAAGCACUAUUCAAAUCAGGAAAUUUACAGUCAAGUUUUCUGAAUUAUGCAAAUUCACCGAGUUAUUAUUCUAAUCUCACGGAAAGGCUAAUUAUCAUGAGAUUUAGCAGAUUGGUGCAAAUAAUCUCCCAAGCACAUAAAUAUUUUUGUUCCUCAAUGUUGUUCAAUCUUGCAAUAAACUUAAUGAUAUGAAUUGCCCCUCUAGUUGUUUGCAGACUUGAAUUCCUUUUAAAAUAAUAUUAGGAAUGAAAAGUUUUCAGCAGCAAAAAUUGCAAUGAACCUGUCAGAUAAUGCAAAAACCCAAGUGGUUCCCUCACAUAACUGGAGGUCAUGUGGUUCCAUUCCCGCACCUGACUGGCUGACCCUGAAGGGCAUUUGUCAUUAGGGUCUUCCCUGGCAACGUCAUUUGUCUCUCAUUGCGCCAACCUGGGAAGCUUGUUAGCAGGUAAAGCUUACCUACCUCUUGUCUUUCUGCAAAAAUUUUCAUCUAACGUCAGCUAAUGGAGUUGCAGCCUUAUUAUUCUAAUGGUCCAGGUUCAAUUCUUCCAGUAAGAUGACAGUGAUGAGUCACAACAGCUUCGAUGCGGUCAACCAAAGUUACUAUCUUUUUUAAUUGUAUUUUUUACCAUUGCAUGAUCCUGCUGGACGUUAAGAACUUAAGGUACUGCAGGUCUACCCUAUCAGCCAGCUACUCAUUGGAGAAGAAACAGAAGGUGCCGGAGUCGGUGCAAAGACAGUGUGCAGACUAACAACACAGUCACCUCCUCGCUGUAGUCCCCAAUUCCCCAGCAUUGGUCAAGAGCCUCCAGAGAUGAACAUCUUCUGUGAGAACUUCUUCCAUCAACAGAAUGCGCAGAGACCAUCUAACUAUGACAUUGAUGACUACAGCUCAAGUGCCAACCCGUACCUCUGGUUAAACGGGCCAUCCAUGAACUCUUCAUCGUACCUGCCGGGAUCGAACGCCAGCCCUUUCAUCCCCCAGUCUUAUGGGAUGCCGAGACAGUUCCUACCCAACAACACUGGUUUGGGAGGAUCUGACCUUGGGUGGCUAUCCAUUCCUAAUCAGGAAGAGCUUCUGAAACUGGUGAGACCGCCUUACUCUUACUCAGCUCUGAUCGCAAUGGCAAUCCAUGGUGCCCCAGACAAGAGACUGACCCUGAGUCAAAUCUAUCAGUACGUGGCUGACAACUUCCCAUUCUAUAACAAGAGUAAAGCUGGGUGGCAGAACUCCAUCAGACACAACCUUUCCCUCAAUGACUGUUUCAAGAAAGUCCCCAGAGAUGAAGAUGAUCCAGGUAAAGGAAAUUACUGGACAUUGGAUCCUAACUGUGAAAAAAUGUUCGACAACGGGAACUUUCGGCGCAAGAGGAAAAGAAAAUCAGAUCCCAACUCCAGUGCAGGCAAUAUCAGCACUGAAAAGUCUGAUGACAGCAGUCAAAAGCCACCUCAAAGCCCAGGGCUCAUGGACAUCCCCUCCACAAGGACAGGAAACUCACCUGAAAAGAAAUCUCCAACUUCAAUCUCCACUCCCUGCCUCAGCAACUUCAUUUCCAGUAUGUCAACCUAUAACAAUCCUAUAGGCGGGAGACAGGCUUCUCUUGGAUUGGUCAAUGACACGUCACAGAACAUGAUGGGGUUCAGCUCGUACUCACCUUCCAGUAACAUCCUGAGCCAGCCUGUGUCAGAAUGGUCCGAUCCAGGGCCAUCAAAUCGUUAUGGCUAUUCUUCCGUGCUUAACCAGUUCAACAACCAUUUCUACAACAGUAUCAAUGCAAACAGUUUGCUGUUCUCCAGAGAAGGGACAGAGGCAUGAAAAGGGAGAUUUGCUGAAUGAAGGAUCAACUGUAAAAUAAUAAAUAAUUGUAACACACUAGUCCAUUUGAUGCUAUGUAUGCAGCUUAUUUAUGAGGAAACAUUUCAAGGGCACUGUGUUCAAGUGCCUUGAGCAUAAAAGAAGAACAGUUGAAUUAAAGUAAUAAUUUCUAAGCCUGGGCACAUGGAUAUAAAGCACAGCAUCACAGAACCCAGUGUUGAGAUUGACUUAGUUUGCAUGAGUCCCAAAUUGUUGACGUUGACAGUUUUUGCUGUCUUAAUUGAUUUUCCCUUACCAAACCUGUUCCUCAUAGUGCCCAUAAGAUUCAAACCGAUCAGACCAAUAAGAGAGAAAUAGCCAUUCAAAUAGGCUUGAGUUUUCUAGCAUUGAAGAGGUAAAUUGCCUGGGGAGAAACAGCUUUCUCUGCUAUUCCUGAUGAGGCUGCAUCAGUAAAUAAGGAUGGUCAUACAGGGUAGGAAAUAUUGUAGAAAACUGGACCUGCAGGGAUACUCCAGUUAAGCCUCUUCAUUCCUAAACAUGGAAAGAAUAAAAUAAAAUUUGGUUUCUGAUGUGUUUGGGCUUUAUUAAUGGACUGGGAACAGACUUUGAUGUGAUGACCUUCAUUGUUUUAUCAUCAACCCCCAGGUUUACAAUGAAUGAGAAGAGUGGCAGGCACUUGUAAUAACACAAUACGGGUGAUCAGGGCAGGAGACAGGAUAACUGGUAAAGAUCCAACAAUUAUCAGCAAAUAUGCAUUUCAAUUCUAAUGUUGUUUGAUUAUUUAAAUGGGUUGAUUGUAGAUGGGGUGCAAUGCUCCAGUGAGUGUUUUAAGCUUUCAGUAAUGUGUUAAGUUUGUGUGAUUGUUAAAUUUCAUUCAGUUGUUACAAAUUUAUAUUAAUUGUCCACUAUUUUCAACAAAUGCUUAAUUGCAGUUUGUGAUUUGUAUUUUUUUCUUAUGUCCAAUUUUGUGCUUUGUAAAAUUUUACCUCAGAGGAUAAAGGGAACUAACUUACAAUAAAAUGUUUUAUAAAGGGUA